UUCUUCCGCGUCACUGAGCGAGUGGAGAGGACAGUUAAGUCAUUUCAAGCAAACGUUAAUCGACUGUGCCUUCGGAUUUUUUGGCACUGUACUUUGACAAUGUACGCGCAAACAAAUCGACAAACAUCAAAUGCCAAGGAAAAAGAAGAUUGUUCAUCCCUUAAUAAUUCACCCCCUGAUACGCCAAAACUUAUGCAUGGCGGAAAUUAUAUCAAAGAAGGCAGAGAUUCAGCUAAAAGCACCUGCUUGAUUUUUUCCCCUAAAGAAGAAGAUGAAGUUGGAUCGCUCGGAAGAUAUCUUCACCUGUUCGCUAAACACAAAGUUAAUCUCUUACACAUCGAGUCGAGAAGUUCUCACCGACGACCAAACAACUAUGAAUUUAUGGUGGAAUGUGCACCAGGCUGUAAUGUAGCUUCUGUGAUUGAAUCUCUACGAAAUGAGUGCAGCUACUUCUCAAUUAUUUCUAGAAAUCACAAAGAUAACAUGAACACAGUACCAUGGUUUCCGAGAAGAAUACGUGAUCUUGACAAGUUUGCUAAUCAAAUUCUAUCCUAUGGCGCCGAGCUCGAUAGCGAUCAUCCUGGUUUCACAGAUCCUGUAUACAGAAAAAGAAGAAAAUAUUUCGCCGACAUCGCUUACAAUUAUAAACAUGGACAACCUAUACCAACAGUAGAAUACACGCCUGAGGAAACAGCCACAUGGGGUGUGGUUUUUAAAAAUCUAACUAAACUUUACUCGAAGUACGCUUGCAGAGAACAUAAUCAUGUCUUUCCGUUGCUCAUUGAAAAUUGCGGCUACCGAGAAGACAACAUACCUCAACUUGAAGAUAUUUCCAAUUUCUUGAAAGAUUCUACUGGUUUCACACUACGUCCAGUAGCAGGAUUACUGUCUUCACGCGAUUUUCUGGCUGGUCUGGCCUUCAGGGUGUUCCAUAGCACUCAAUACAUACGGCAUAGCAGUAAACCACUUUACACACCGGAACCAGACGUGUGUCACGAGAUUUUGGGCCAUGUCCCGCUCCUCGCCGAUCCAUCUUUUGCACAGUUCUCACAAGUUAUCGGUCUAGCAUCCCUUGGUGCUCCGGACGAUUACAUAGAAAAACUUGCAACGUGCUUUUGGUUUACGGUGGAAUAUGGAAUAUGUCGACAAAAUGGGGAAUUAAAGGCAUACGGCGCCGGUCUACUUUCAUCUUUUGGCGAAUUGGAAUAUUGUAUGAGCGACAAGCCAGAACUGCGACCUUUUGAUCCGCCAAAGACGGCGUUGCAAAAAUAUCCGAUAACGGAGUAUCAACCUAUAUAUUACGUUGCCGAAGACUUUGAGGACGCAAAAGAGAAGAUGAUGAAAUUCGCUCAAACCAUACCAAGGAACUUUGGUGUCAGAUACGACGCUUAUACGCAAAGUAUCAACAUUAUUGAUAGUAAACAACAAGUGGAGGCUCUUGUAAAUAAUGUGAAUCAAGAAGUACAGAUUUUAAUGGAUGCUUUGAAAAAACUGCAGCAUUAAAACUGAACUUACAUAAUAUAUAUUUUUUAAAAUAUAUUUUAUAUGCUUUACUUCUAUUCGCUUCGCAAAGUUUUACUUACGUAUGCUAUGCACUAUUAAAAUGUUAUACUUACAUAUGCUACAGAAAA